CCAGACUCGACUCUCUCUCUGCAGCUCGCACACGCUCGCCCUGGAGAUUGUGGGACAGCAACAAGCCGCUCGGAUGUGCAAUAUGACUUUAGAAGAAAGCAGCGGGGACAACUCGUCAGAAAGCAUGGACUCGGUGGCCAAAGCGUUAGAGGAGGUCCUGACCUCUGCCUUGCCUCAGAAUUGCAUCACUGUCGGUGUGUACGAGGCAGCAAAGUCACUGAACGCGGACCCAGACAACGUGGUGCUGUGUCUGCUGGCCACAGACGACGAGGAGGAGGACGUGGCUCUUCAGAUUCAUUUCACCCUGAUCCAGGCGUUCUGCUGCGAGAAUGACAUCAACAUCCUGCGGGUGAGCAACACGAGGCGUCUGGCGGAGAUCCUCGGCGGAGUGAAACCUGGAGGGGAGCCCAUGGACCUGCACUGUGUUCUAGUUACUAACCCCCAGUCCUCCCUGUGGAAGGACCCUGCGCUGAGCAAAGUGAACCGAUUCUGCAGAGACAGUCGCUGUUUGGACCAAUGGGUGCCUGUCAUCAACCUGCCCGACCGAUGAAAUGGAAUAUGAACGUAUCGUGUGCAUUUUGAGGGGAAAAAAAGUUUCUUCACAAGGCCUGUGUUACUGUCUGUGUCGGACUCCUUUGGAACGCGCCCCAGAGACAGACAGAGACGGGAGGGGCUGGCGACAGAGAAAGCACGAGAGAGAGCGCUGCGUUCCAGCAACUUUACCAGGUCAGGGUGAACCCAUGGGCCAAGAAAGGGUGACUCAGCAGUCUUGGUUCCAGGAUUUCCAAUGUAUGACCGCGCCUUUCUCUGCCGAGAUAGAAGCCUUUUUACAGGAAACUGAAUCAUGUGAGAGGAGAAGCACACGUGGUGGUGAGCGCACGCCCGGCACUGAGGGGGGG